GCAAACAUCUCGUCAUGUAUUCGAGGAAACCAGGAUCUCAGCCCCCAACACCAGGCUCAGUGAAUGGUUAAGAUGAGCUAUUUUUUAUUUAUUUAUUUAAUUUUUUUUGCAGUGUGAUCUCAGCAUCCCGGGGAGCGAGUGUUGGAUAACGGUGAUGCGCAAUGAGCCGCUCGCAAAAAGGCUGCUGCUCCGCUUACAGGACUUGGAUGGAUGGAGUUUUUCUGUGACGGUUAAGCGAUGGAUUUCCCUGUUCGUUAUCAGCUUUUUGGCACGUUGUUAAAUUCCGGAAGACGGACAUAACAUCCAAGGAGUUGUUUGCGAAAUUCCCUAAUUCACAGGCUGUAGACUUGUUUUCAACAUCACAGAGAGGUUUCACAUACCCGGAGAGUGUGGUUUGUAAACUUUAUGGCUAUAGUGAGGUAAUCCAUUUAUAUAGGGUCCUUGCUGGAUUGAUGUCAUUUGCUCUAUGUUUUCUAGGUACGUAAGAUCGGCUUGAAAUGUCAGACUUCCACAACCGGAGCCAAACCAGCGCACGUCGCAGUGACUACGUGUGGCAGUAUGAAUAUUAUGACGACGAGGAGCCCGUGUCUUUUGAGGGACUCAAAGCGCACAGAUACUCCAUCGUCAUCGGCUUCUGGGUCGGACUUGCUGUGUUUGUCAUUUUCAUGUUCUUUGUUCUCACACUGCUCACGAAGACAGGAGCACCACACCAAGAAAACCUAGACUCUGCUGAAAAGCGCCAUCGAACAGGGAGCUGUCUGGUAGACAUCAACGGUCCGCAGAACGAAAAUGACAAUGCCUUCUCUCGUCCGUUGUUAGCGGAGUCCCGCUCAUAUUUCCAUUUCUACAUCAACGAGGAGGAUCAGGCCCAGGGGAAGCAAAAAACAGAUGAUAGGAUAGUUGGAAAGCACACCGUGGCCCGAGCCCAGCAGGGGACCGGCAACCGGCCCAGAGGUAUCAGCUCCUCAGGGAUGGACGAGAUGGAAGAGGAUGUUGAGGAAGCUGGGGGACACCAACCUCUCAAGGGACUAAUAGAAGAGAGUAAGACAGACAGAGAAAGUGCCUUCUUUUCCCACUUCAACAUCCCUAACUUUGUGAACUUGGAGCACAGUUCAACACUUGGAGAGGAUGAUCUGCUGUAUGAACCUCUGGAGCGCCAGUCUCUCUCUCACGAUGCUCACUGUGACAUCCACUAAGUCUGUUUCUACAAAGAGAUCACAGGCAUGGACAUAGUGGUAUCAUACAAUUAUUUGCUAUCCUUUCACAGGGCCAUUUGUGACCUGACAGGGGUAAAUAUACUCACCUGCCACACACCUAUCUUUUUCCUAUAAAGCGUCUCUGCUUGCGAGCCUUUUCAAAAAGCAUAAAUUGUGGAUCAACAAACAAGAGAGCACAAAAGAUGGUCGACAAUUCCAUAUUCCAUAUAAGUGCAACUCACAGUUAUAAGAUGAUAUGAUAAGAAGAUUUCUUCCUGAAGAUUGCCUCACAAAUGGAACCUUUUACUUGGAGUACUAGGCACUUCUAAAUUGGAUGCGGCUGUACUGUACCUGGACUAGAUGGCUUUCCACACAGGAAAAUGAGAAAGGCAGUGGAGUCACUAGGGAGAGAUGCUUUGUACAAUUAAUUUAGCUAUUAUUGCUGUAUCGUUUUCUUGUACAAUUCUGGACAAUGGCUUAUAUUUAUCCAAGAGGACACAAAUGCCAGUUGGUCUACCAACAAGAUUAAAAGCAUGGAAUUAAAUUACUUUUGUUCUCAAAUUAAAUGCCCUCUAUUAGAAAAGGCGAAGUGUAACGGGUCUAUUCAAUUCAAUUUUAUUCAUAUACCGCCAAUUCAUAACAGAAGUUAUCUCAUUGCACUUUUCCUAUAGAGCAGGUCUAGACCGUACUCUUUAUAAUAUUAAUUACAGAGACCCUAUAAAUCCCACCAUGAGCAAGCAUUUGGCGACAGUGUCAAGGAAAAACUUCCUUUAAGAAGCAGAAACCUUGGACAGAACCAGACUCAAUGGUGGGCGGCCAUCCGCCGCUCCCGUGUAAUUAGAACUGACUGUGUAAUUAGAAGCACGCAAUCAAACAUAUCAUUGUUUGUUCUUUUACAGGGUCGCUAACCUGAGACCUUGGAUGACAAUGUGAUAUAAUACUUUUGUAGACAGAGUUCUCUUAGAUUAGAAAUUAUUUUGAUUGUCCAAAUAAAGCCUAAGUGGUUUUGGAAUUCAACUCAA